AUGUGCUGUCCCUUCCUGGAGUCUAAACUCAACAGCACGCACUUGCCAAGGCCGUGGCAGGAGAAGUUCGUGUUCCAAGGGCUCCAAACUCCGCAUAUUCUAGGCGAGAAUCUCAUCAAGUUUGUUCAGUGGGCUUUGUCGGGCUGUUCAAAAUCUUCAGAUUACAUAUCAAGCUUUUUAGUCGAAGCUUUGGAUCAGGACGUGUGCGAAGGCAACCCUACGAAGAAAGAGGCUUACAUGUUCUGGGAUUUUGUCCGGAACAAGGCCGGAUUGGAUGAUGGAAUUUUGAACGACUUGCUUGAAAUGUUCUCGAGGCUGGGUGAAGGCCAGGGUGCCCUUUUGGUUCUUGACGAGUUUGAUCGAUAUUAUAGUGUUCCCGAUGCUAGGUCUUAUUAUUUCACGAUAGAUGUGCUAUGUAAUUGCAGAUCUUAUGACCUUGCCUGGUCCAUGUGCGAGGAAAUGCUCGGCUUAGGGACCCUGCCUGAGGGAGAAGAAGUCGGGAGCAUCAUCUCUUGGCUCUGCCGGGGGAAGCUGGCUAAAUCUGUUCGUGCCCUUUACUCCGCUUUAAAGGAGGAGCUCCUUCCUCCAUCAGCCAUCAGCUUCUUGAUCACCUCAUUGUCCCUGGAGCAUGAGACAGUGAAGUUAGCUCGAAAGAUGCUAGGUGACUUUAAUGAAGGGGCCAGAAGAUAUGCAAUCAAGCCAUUUUCGGUAGUUAUCAGUGGCUUGUGCUGGAGCAAGGACUUGGAUGGUGCGAAGAAGUUCUUGCACGAGAUGAUCGAGUUCGGCCCACCUCCUGGAAAUAGAGGUGGAGACGUCAAUGGAGGUGAAGAAGCUAAUGGAGCAACUGGGUCUGAAGCCCGAUUUGUUCACUUACCCAGUUAUCUCAUGAGAAGCUUUGUGAGUGAUGGUGAGAUGGAGGAGGCGAAGAAGAAGCACAAGAAGCUGAGCCCUGUCAUGUACCCCACGCUCAGCAGGGGAUACUGCAAGCUCGAGGAUUUUGACAAAGCUUUAGAACUGUUGAGAGAGAUGAAGAGCUUUGGGUUUGAACCCGACGCAAACGGGUACAGUAAGCUGAUCCAAUCUCUCCACUUGAAGGCUCUUGACAAGGAAACAACUGAGAAGUUGAUGGAGGAAACGAAGCAGAGCCGGUUGUAUCUAAAUGGGACCACACGAGGUCCCGUAAGGGCUGUGAAAGAACUUGAAGGGGAGAGGAGUCGGCGGCUGAAGAAACAAGAACAGAAGCUUAGACAGUUUUCGGUUGCAAAUCGAUCGAACCUAAGCCAAUCAGAUGAUGUUUAUUCAUUUGGCAUGCUGUAUCUCCACGAAUUUGAGCCUUCUAACUACUUCUUUCAACUUCACAUCUCUAUGCAUUUACCGAAUCGGAGCAUGAAGAUAGUUCAUUUAUUUAAGGCGGAGAUACUUCGAGAAAUGGGAAUCACCGAGAUGGCGGAAGGUAAUGAAUCAAGAAACUGGGCAUCCAAUGAAUCAAGAAACCUCUUUGCAGCUGCGCUCUUCUAUGCUGUGAUUGGUUUUAUUGAUGAAAGAAGAACUAAAGAGAAAGGUUAUGAGCCAAUGUUAAAGGAGACCUUCUGUGAUGAGGUGAGGCAGAGGGAAAUGAUGACGUUAACUGUUAUCUACAUUUUCAUUGACUAG